AUGAGGGAGGCGAACAUCGAGGUGCAGAGGCGUUUCUCCCAAAUUGGGAAACAUGGAGAAGCCACCGCGGCCUCCCGCUCACCGAUGACCCAGGUGCUCACGGGACACGGCGUGUUCGGGGAGUACCUGAAGAAAAUCGGACGGGAGACGACGGACAUCUGUCACCACUGCGGGGAAGACAGGGACACGGCGCAGCAUACGCUGGAGGCCUGCUCGGCAUGGGAGCUGUCCCGCUACACCCUGCGGCAAGUCAUAGGCGAGAGGCUGACCUCCUCAGCGAUUAUAGUAGCGAUGCUGAGCGGGCCACAGGAAUAUGAAGCUGUCUGCCUCUUCUGCGAGCGAGUUAUGCUCGCAAAGGAGCGAGCAGAAAAGAUAUUGAAGAAGCAUCAGUUUUGUGUGCCUUCCUAA